CCGAGGUGGAGGUCGACGUCGCCGAGGUUUUGCAUCGCACGCACAAUCCUCGUUACGCUUGGGCUGAUACGGUGCAGUCUGUCAAAGACAAGGAGGAGGAAUAGGAGCAGGAGGUUGCUGCGGCCAUGUAGUCUGGCCAUGAGGAGACCGAUGAGAUGCAGUAUGUCCAAGAGGACUGCGAUGCAGUAUCCAGCUGGUGGCAUACAAGCUCUGGAGAAGAGAGUUCAUCAAGUGGAGUGUGGCGAUGAGGGUGCACCGUCGAAGCAGCCCGGGGACGAGGUCGAGGACGAGGAACAUGGUUCAAUGCAGUGCGGGGAGGAAGUGAUGCCCGUUCCGGGGCUGAAGAUCCAUUCGAUUGAGAAUCGCCAGUUCCGGGAGUAUUUUGCUUCUCUGGAGUCGUGUCCAGUCACGAAGCUCGAAAUUAGACUGGAGUCGAAACUCGGGCCUAAUGUGGUGCUCCAUAUCCGUAGCCAGCGAGCUCAGGACAUCACGGUGAAGAUCUUCGGGACAGCUCGCCUGCCCAUACACGUAGCAGUCGACGGGAGUACCCUCUGGGACUUGGAGAAACUCUUAUACUGGCUGCGAAGCUCUGGGGCAGAAAUUCCCUUGGAGGUCGCUGUGUUCGACGCCAUAGAGGUGAGAGGAUUCUUCGAUCGGAUUCGUGACCGACACAUGUUCGCUGCAAAAGUUCAGCUGCAGCUACGGCGCCAGUAUAGUGUCAUUACUAUAGGGGACUUCGUGUCGUCCACCGCUUAUGGUUUAUGGCCCGGAGAAAUCAUGUACAAAUUUGGUUAUAUUGACGACAAAUACCCGCUCCCCCCUUUCUGAUUGUCAUGAGAGGUUACACGAUUAUUGGGACCGUCACAACACUAGGCCAUUAAACUCAUACAUGUUCAUAAUGUAGGUCCGAUCUCAUUGUUUAGUUGAGGGUAGUGAAUGCCUUUCGGUGAUGCACAUGCUCAUAAUCUAGCUCCUUAGUCAGAAUCUCAAGUUGCAUGACGGGCAUGUAGUGAAAUUGCGUUAUGUAUACAUGACUACGAGCUAGGGUGAGUCCACUUCGUAACCUCAUCCGAGAAGACAACGCUGUACAUCAAGUACUUUUUACGUAUUUUUUUCUCCGUCAUAUUACCGGACGACUUUUCAAA